AUGGAAAAGGAUUCGGACAUCUCCCACAUUGAAUCCAAGCGGGAUCAGGCUAUGCCCCUGACUAUGAAGCAUGGCGCUGGCCAUGCUGCCCAAUCAGAACGCCAAAUGGGCUUUUACGAGUCCAUUCGCCUCUAUUCCAUGGCCACGGUCUGGUCAGUGGGGUUGUCCACGGCGGUGGUAAUGGAAGGAUAUGCGGUCAUGUUGCUGUCCAGCUUCUAUGCACUUCCACAAUUCAAUCGCAAAUAUGGCCAGCUCCAGCCAGAUGGCUCCUACGUUAUCCCCGCAUCUUGGAAGUCCGCUCUUUCCAACGGGGCGGUCUGCGGCGAAAUUAUAGGGCUUUUCUUGACGGGCAUCUUCCAAGACCGAUUCGGCUACCGUAUGACGAUCUUCGGAGCCCUUUGCCUGGUCACCGGGUUUAUAUUUAUUCUUUUUUUCGCGCAGAACGUCGAAAUGCUUCUGGCGGGGGAAAUUCUAUGCGGCAUCCCCUGGGGCGCCUUUCAAACCAUCACUGUUGCGUACGCCUCCGAGGUCUGUCCUGUCGCUCUCAGAGGAUAUCUUACCACAUAUGUCAACCUUUGCUGGGUCAUUGGCCAGUUUAUUGUUUCCGGUGUGUUGAGAGGCGUGCUUGACAGGCAGGACCAGUGGGCUUACCGGAUCCCUUUCGCUGUGCAAUGGGUCUGGCCUAUUCCUUUGAUGCUCAUGUGUCUAUUGGCCCCAGAGUCCCCCUGGUGGCUUGUCCGUCAUGGCCGGCAAGAGGAAGCCCGCCAAAGCCUUGUGCGUCUCAUGAGUCGCUCGAACAAUAUGGCGGAUGAGACUUUGGCCAUGAUUGAGCACACGGAUCACCUCGAAAAAGAAGCCUCGGCGGGCAUUUCUUACUGGGAAUGUUUCAAGCAGUCUAAUCUGCGGCGCACAGAAAUUGUGUGUCUGACGUGGCUGAUCCAAGUCAUCUGUGGAUCACAGCUUAUGGGAUAUUCGACUGUGUUUUAUAUCGCCGCAGGACUCCCAGCAAGGUCUUCUUUCAACAUGUCCCUGAUCCAGUAUGCCCUCGGGGCAAUUGGAACGAUACUCUCGUGGUUUCUCAUGAUGCGCGCAGGCCGACGGACUCUCUAUCUGUAUGGGACGUUUGCCCUUUUUUGGCUUCUUCUGAUCAUCGGGUUCGUUUCACUGGCUCCACGCAGUGCUGCCAUGAAUUGGGCCAUUGGAUCGUUACUUUCUGUGUUCACAUUCACGUAUGACCUCAUGGUAGGGCCCGUCUGUUAUUCACUCGUCUCGGAGCUCUCAUCGACACGACUGCGCGCUAAAUCCGUGGUCUUGGCUCGGACUUUUUACAACGUUGGAAACAUCGUGGUUAAUGUCGUGAUAAAUUAUCAGCUUACCUCGACGGCGUGGAACUGGGGAGCUAAAUCCGCCUUUUUCUGGGCUGGGAUUUGUUUUUGCUGCGUUGUCUGGGUAUUCUUCCGUCUCCCGGAACCCAAAGGGAGAACGUAUGCGGAGCUGGACGUUCUUUUUGCAAACAAAGUGUCUGCUCGCAAGUUUGUCUCGACCGAGGUAGAUAUCUUCCAGUCAACUGUUGUUACGGAGUGA